UUAUUCUUCUGCUGUUCACGCGAGCUCUACACACAGGCGCGCGCUGUCUGUUUGAAUUGUGCGGGGACACUGAAUAAAUCGUUGACCCGCGUCAUUAAGCUCGUGCGCUACAUUAAGCCUCCGUACAAGCACAUACUCAGGGUUUUACUCACUGAAGAGAGUCGCGUGCGAGCUGCGGACGUUGUAGACUGAAGUGGUUGAUAACCCAUGUGGUUUGUGUAGUGGGCAGCGAGCUUGUGAUAAAGCAGUUAAACAGAGGAAAAUGGCUUCGAACGAGCUGUCAGCGAAGCUUAACCGGCGGCUGAAGAUAGAGGAGGGCGCGGAGGAGCCGCACGCCGUGGACGAGGCUCAUGAAAACGGCGCGCAUGAGAAAGCCACCACGGCCAGCGCCGACUCCGAGCUGGGAGCCAAGCUGCUGCGGCGAGGCGAGCUGAACGAGGGAGUGGGCGAGCACCAGCAGCCCAGCAUGAAGGUCUUCAACCCGUACACCGAGUUCAAGGAGUUCUCCAGGAAGCAGAUUAAAGACAUGGAGAAAAUGUUUAAACAAUAUGACUCUGAGAAGGAUAACUACAUUGACCUGAUGGAGCUGAAGCUGAUGAUGGAGAAGCUCGGUGCUCCACAGACUCACAUGGGCCUGAAGAAUAUGAUCAAAGAGGUGGAUGAAGACUUGGACGGCAAACUAAACUUCAGAGAGUUCCUCCUGAUCUUCAGGAAGGCAGCAGCAGGGGAGCUGGCUGAGGACAGCGGCUUGUGUGUCUUAGCUCGUCUCUCUGAAAUUGACGUGUCCACUGAGGGUGUGAAAGGAGCAAAAUCUUUCUUUGAAGCCAAAGUCCAUGCCAUUAAUGAGUCGAACCGUUUCGAGGCGGAGAUCCGUAACGAGCAGGAGGAGAAGAAACGACAGGCAGAGGAGAAGAAGCAGAGACAAGCGGCGUUCAAAAAUCUACAGUCAGCCUUCCAAUGACCACCUUCCUGUGCUAUUAGAGCUUUGCUUUAUCCUUCCUCCUCUUCUUUGUCGUUUGUGUCAGUCUCCUGUUUAUCAGAGCACCAUAGCAGAGAUACUAUGCAACGCUUUUAGAGGUCUCCAUUCCGGGAUCACUUCCUUAUUGAGGGCUCAUAGUGUCAGUUUCAAGCUUAGAACUUUAAGUAGGGUGUUGAAUUGACUACUUAGAUCCUCACUAUUUGUCUCUCUCUUGAUUUUGAACUUGGUCCUCCAAGGACCUGUCUGUUUACACUGGACUGGAUGUGUCACUUGGCUAAUUUGUUCUCCACUGAUAUAAUUUACAAAUAUUUGCAUGUAUGUGAGGACCUUCUAUUUCACUUCACUGUCGCAUUGUUGUUUAGUCAAAUAAAUACACAGGUGUUAGUAUCUCUUUUAAAGGGAAUUUUUUAAUGUUUUUAAACUGUUGGGUUAAAUCGGCGCAUCCAGUCCAUUGUGAUCCCCUUGUAUUCGGCGUCAUGCAUUGUGAAAUAAAGACUAGGUUUCAUGGUAUCCUUGCUAACUGGGUUAGCACAGCAAAAUGUUUAUGUACUUAAACCUUGCCUAAAAGAGUUCUGUAUUUUUACACUGUGGCUUAGAAGGGAGUGUGAGAACACACAUGUGGUGAUGGUGUGUUCUGGUGGGUUGGGUUUUAUUUCUUUUCCUUUUCUGAAUGAUAACUGUGACAAUCUUCCCCUUAAAUGGAUCUCUAACAUCAGCUUCUGUUGCUUUGUCGCUGCUGAUGAGUCUGUUGCUCACACACAUGCACACACAAACGUUUCCAUUCUCGUGACGCACUAAAUGCCCUUUAAUAGCCAUUAUGUCUCAUUGUUAUUGUUUAUUAGUGUAUUAUGGUUUUACUAGCCAGUCCUUUUGAAAAAAUGUGAUGUUUUCCCCCCACACAAUCAUCAGUACUAAUUUGUCUGAUUUGUGUCAGACAUCUGUGCUCACAUUGUGUGUAUGUUUGUGUGUUUUAACUGAGAUGCUCAUGAGGGGAGGAGGGAUAUGAGAGAUUAUAAUGAGUGCAGAGUUAAACACUCAUCUCCUCCUUUUAACUGCAUGCACUGCUUUAGUGUCAGGUGCCUGUGUGUGUGUGCGUGCACGCUAUAGCCAGUACACAGCUUUAAGCAUUUGGAAGUGUUUCGAUCCUUCUUUUGAAAUGUAAUCUGGUGCUGGCAUGAAAAUAUAGUCGCUUACCUCUCUCAGCGAAGCCCUUUAGACUAUGUUUGAAAAUUUGCUCUGUAACAUUGUGGAAAGAAAUUUUUUUUUUCUGCACAGUGUGUAACAUCAGACUGGCUAAUUCAUUUUUAAUAACUUUAAUUCUACAAAUAAUGUUUUACUAUGGAGAAAAAGGGCACAUUGUAAUAGACAAAAUUGUCUCCAUGCUUCCAUUUGAAUGAUUUUAAAUCGUAAUUGAAUUUCAGUUGUUUGACAUUUAAAGAUAAAACUUGUGCGACUUGCAGCACAUUUCAGCACAGGUAACUGAAAGAUGUGUAAAGAAUCAAAUAUUUUUUUUCCAGGAAUAAAAUUAAACUGCAUUUAGUUUUGUAUGGUGAGGGGCCUUUUGAAAAUGUUUAUUAUUUCCUAGAAAUGCCAUCAUUGUUCACAAACUUGUCUCCUUUCACAAUAUCAGCUGUUCCUCACAGUGCUGUUCCAUGAUUAAAUGUGAGAUAUUUUCUGUAUUUUUAUUUUUAAGAUAUUGGUCUGCUAUGCAUCCUGUUAUAUUCAUGUUAAGGACAAUAUAUUUGGAGUCACUGGCAGUCUGAUGAUCUGUAUUCUGAAUAAGCAAACAAUAGAUGCAUGAAUGUUUCAUAGCUUUAUGUCUUCAAAUGUAUUCGAGUGUUCUGCAGAUUAAAUGUGGGGUUUGAGUGAAUAAUCUAGUGUGUGUAUAUAUGGUGUUGUAGAUUUUUGAUAGAAACACUGGAGUACCUGAGAGAUAUAAAAACUGUAUGAUGAAAGUUUCUUCUCUAAGGAUCCUCCAUCAACAUUUAUCUUACUAUUAAAAAAACGUGUACACCAGAUAUGUCGUUGUAUACAUUAUAAAAUGACGAUCCAUGCAAAGACAAUAUGGAAGAUUCAUUGCAGAAUGUAGAAAUGGAUUUCACAAGCCAUUCCAUGAACUACUUCUGCUUAAGUAGCCAUUCUGUAAUUCUCCACAUAAAUCUUCCAAGUUGUCAGGCAUGAAAUUCAUUGUCAGAGGGUUGAUUGCAGUUGUUAUGUUCAACAAAUCACAUGGGGAAUAUUAUAAUCCAGAUUGAAAGACUUCACACUUUAUGCUGACCACUAAGCAGCAUGACACGUUAUCCAAUUAGCCAACUCUCAAAGCACACCUCCUUUUAUUUUUACUCCUCGUUUACUUCAGUGUUUCCAUUGCAAAGGCGUUUACUGGUAACUUAGAGACUGGUGGUUAAUGGGCCAGUGCUUUCUAACUCCACCUUCUCUGCAGGCAGCCGAAAUACUGUACUGUUCCUUGAUUUUUCGAUUUACUGUCUCUUUGUGACUCCAUUGUAAAGAUGUGCCAAAUGUUUUAGCAAAGUUCUGUUUGCUUUACUUAUUUUAGCAUAAUUCCAUUAACUGUCCCCUGAGUUCAAUGUUAAGUGUUGUUGACCAUAAAAAGAUGACCAAAAACUGA